CGUGCCCUCACUACCAGCAACAUAAUCUGCAGGUCGCCUCUUGCCUACCUCCAAGACCCCGUGGCAUCCAUUCAAAAUCAAAGCACCAAGUGCUCUCCCCACGUCCGAUAAGUAUGCUCCGCUCUGACCCCACGCUUUAUCCGAACAUUCUUGGGUGGACAUGACCAGCAUGAACGAGGGCUCUACGGAGAAGUGGCCAGAAUUGGCCAUGGAGUCAUCAACAUUCAAAGUACCUCGAGGAAAGUCGAGUGCGCGGCCCCAAACAAUGAACACAGAUAGCGGCUCUACUUCCAAGAGGCGCUGUGUCAGCACAGCCUGUAUCGCUUGUCGCCGAAGGAAAUCGAAGUGCGAUGGCAAUCUACCCAGCUGUGCAGCCUGCUCCUCAGUAUACCAUACGACCUGUAAAUUUCACCUCAUCAACGAAGGUGUAACGCGAUAGGCAUAACUAACUACGUCUUAGGCAUUUAUGAUCCAAAUUCCGACCAUCGUCGCAAAGGGGUGUAUAAGAAGGACACCGAUACGCUACGGACGAAGAAUGCGACUCU